UUCACUUUUUUGCUCUGUUUUUUCCUCUGUUUCUUCCCUUUUCAGCACUGAUCAAUGGCGGAUACGACGAAGCUUUCCUGGACAAGAAGUAAUUGUGUCGUCGGAAAGGGCUCCUUUGGAACUGUGACUGUCGGGAUUCGAAAUUCGGACGGUCGGGUUUUUGCGGUGAAGUCUGUCGAACAGAGUGUUGGAUUCCGGCGGCAGAUUGAGUGUUUAGAGAAUGAAAUUCGGAUUCUUAGAUCGUUGAAUUCGCCGUACGUGGUGGGGUUUCUUGGUGAUGAUGUUUCCGAUGAGACGCCGACGACGUCGCUUCGGAAUUUGCACAUGGAGUAUUUGCCAGGUGGCACUGUUGCCGAUGAUCCAAUCGGUACCGGCGAUGAGAUGGUUCUACGGGCGAGGACACGGUGUAUUGUUUCGGCUUUGGGUUAUGUUCAUUCCAAAGGAAUCGUUCAUUGUGAUGUUAAAGGGCGGAAUGUUUUGAUUGGAUUGAAUCCAAGUUUUGUUAAAUUGGCCGACUUCGGCUCUGCAAUUGAAAUCGGCGACGGCGACGGCGACGGCGACACGUGUCGAUGUUCGGUGGCGCCACGAGGGAGUCCGCUGUGGAUGGCGCCGGAAGUGGUUCGAGGGGAAUAUCAGGGGCCGGAAUCGGACGUUUGGUCAGUUGGGUGUACGGUCAUUGAAAUGGUCACCGGAAAACCGGCAUGGGAAGAUUUCGGAGCCGAUACGCUGAGUCGAAUCGGAUUUUCCGAUGACUUGCCGGAGUUUCCGACACGGUUGUCGGGACUCGGACGGGAUUUUCUCCGGAAGUGUCUUGUAAGAGAUCCUAAAAAACGGUGGAGCUGUGAUCGGCUGCUGCAGCAUCCAUUUUUAGCGACGGUGGCAGCCUCGCCGCAAAUCGCCAUCGAGAAUUCCCCCCGGUGCGUGCUCGACUGGAUCAACGCCGAUUUCGACGAUAACGAAGAUGAAGAAAUCCCCUUCUCCGGCGAAACCUCCAGCGCCGGUAACCGAGAAAGCGAGAUCUCCGGCAAGUGCAGAAUAGGGAAAUUAAGUACGAGUGAAUGGCCGAACUGGGAAUCGGACGGUUGGUCGUCGGCGAGAAGGUUCACAGCGACGCCGGUAACCUGUGAAGAAGAAGGAGUAGGGGUAAAUUGGGAAUAUGGGAAUUCGAGAGGGGUAGAAAUGGAAAUGGAGGGAUCAAGUUCAGAAUAUUCGGAGUUCGUAAAGCCCAGUGACGAAGAAUUGGGAGCCGCCCUUUCAAAUCCCGGCGGUCUGGAGACUCCAGAGCGGCCACGUAAUAAUUGCGGCAGCGGCAGCGGCGGUGGCGGUGGCGGUGGCGGUGGAUUAAACUCGCAGCGGUGGCUGAGCGAUAAUUACGAAAUUAUACCGAUAACCUCGUUGAUAUAUUCAAUUGAAUUAAUAUUAUGUUAUUAUUGGAAAAUAUUAAUAAAGAAAUUGGUGUUAUUUGGUAUUUACACUUUAUUACUUCUUUUCUUAAAAAAAAAAAAAAAAAAAACACUUUAUUAUCACUAA